ACUAGGUGGCGGUGUGCGCCUAAACAUAGUUUCAUAGGCGCAGAUAACGCAGUCGCAGAUGCUCGUCAACAACACACGUCACAGCUAGCUCAAUUAGCUAGCUAACAACACACCUCUGAAUUUCAACUCUAAAAACAAGAUCCGAAAGUACCGGGAGGUGGACAUGUCACCUGCCAAAGUGAUGAGCCUCGGUGCUCCGGUGCUUGUUGCUGUGGCCUUGUUGUGCUUCGAGGCCGUCUCCGUCGUCCACGCGACCAAGAGUUUCGAAGAUGUGCGCUGCAAGUGCAUCUGUCCUCCCUACAGGAACAUCAGUGGCCACAUCUACAAUAGGAAUGUUUCACAAAAAGAUUGUAAUUGCCUACAUAUUGUGGACCCAAUGCCUGUGCCUGGACAUGACGUGGAAGCUUACUGCCUUCUCUGUGAAUGCAAAUAUGAGGAGCGCAGCAGUAACACAAUCAAGGUGACCAUAAUCAUCUACCUGUCUGUGGUGGGAGCGCUGGUGCUCUACAUGCUCUUCCUACUGCUGGUGGACCCGCUCAUCCGCAAGCACGACCCCUACUUACAGCCCCUGCACAACGAGGAGGACGUGGAGGACACCCGCCCCCCCCAGCCUGAGGGGGAACAGGGCCGUGGCAACACGGUGCUGGAGAGGGUGGAGGGAGCGCAGCAGCGCUGGAAGAAGCAGGUCCAGGAGCAGCGCAAGACCGUCUUCGACCGCCACAAGAUGCUCAGCUAAGCUGCCAACACUGACCUCAGAUCAGUCGGCGAUUUCGGUUUUAUUUUGUGUAUUUAUCUUGCAGGGUGGUAGGGGAAGGCUUUUAAAUCAUCUCGUCGUCCAUGGUUGGUUUGGGGUUUGGCUGAGGAACUGGCGUAGGUUAGGACAAUGUUACAUUGUUUCCCAUCACUUUUUAAGGUUUUAUUAGCUACAGCCUUAAUUAGCCAGGGCCAAACUUGACCCCCUUUCUAGCCUAACCCUGGUGAUCAUAACACAUUUUCUUGAAAUGAAAUCCACCUUGAAGCUCCUUAUAAUGUGCCACUGAGAUUAUGUGAAGGUGAUGGCAAACCGACAAUGGACAAGUUCCCUCAUGAAUAGUGGAGAGCCUUCCCCAACCAUCCUGUAAAAAGUCAUGGUAACACUUUAUUUUAGGGAUACAUCUAUUAGCACUAAUACAUACAAUGUUAAUGCAUAAGUAACUUGUAAGGCCUGUACUAAGCAAACACUAAGGCCUACUAGGCCUACUUACUAAGGUUAAAUUGGUAAUAAAUCCCUUAUUGUGCAUGAACAAGACAUUUGCGAAUACAUGCCUAACAAAUGCUUGAUUUUGCUUUGUACAUGCCUUACAAGUUACUUAUACAGGCACAUUGUAUGUAUUAGUGCUAAUAGAUGUAUCCCUAAAAUAAAGUGUAACCAAAGUCAUAAUCAUUUGCCCCUACCAGCCUCCUCAUCCUUACUCACCCAGCAUCUCAGAUUGCUUCUCUCAAGGUCACGCUCAGGGUGAAGCUCUAUUAUCAAGACACUGGAUAUGAAGUAGCAUUUUGGUCUUCCUAUGAAAACAAUAUAGCUCCCAUUGGCCUAACUCCAACCUGAUCAAUUAGAAAUGUACAGUAAGUGUCUGGAAUUGGAUCUGGACUUAGAUUUUCAAUGUAUUCAAUGGAAACCGUCAGUGCUACUUGAACCUGGAGCGUGGCUGUUGUGAAAUAAGCUUUUUGUAGGCAGAUUAUAAAGUGGAGGACAGGAUCACAGGAAAGUAUGCUGUUAAUAUUAAGCCACAGCCAUAACGUCAUUUUAACUCAUGUUGUUUAAGCUAAGCUAUUACGCUGCCUUAUGGAACCAACACUGAAUUUGGAGAAUGUGAGUUUUUUUUCAUCAUAUAAACGUGGCAACAUAUGGAUGUUUUGCAUUUUGUAUUGCUAUGCUGCUACAAAUACCUUAUUCAUGACAUUCAGUUGGGAGAAAAACAAAUCUAGUAUUACUGUAUUUUAUUUGGUCAUUUAUCAUUUCGUCUGUAGGCUAGUGCAAUCAAUGUCAUCAAGCGAAGGGGGUGGUCUUGCGCAAACAUUUCUAUAAGCUUUAAGGUAAUGCUUUCCAAACAGGAAUUCCCUGGUGAUUGAUUAUUAAAUCUAUUAAAUAUGUUUUUGAAAAACAUAGCUAAUGCCAUGUCAUGAUGAUGCACAUGUUAAUGUUGUACAUACACUGUACUUAGAGAGAUAAUCAGACACAAUGACUUGUAUCGCUAGUCUGCACUUUCUCAGAGUUUUCCAUAGAAAUAUACUUUCUAUGUUUGCACCUCAGAUGGAAAGUCUUUCAAAUGAUUUGUAUGUUAUUUAAUAUAUUAAACUUGCUGGAUAUUAUCUAAAGUGGUUGUUGCAGCCAUGAUAUAAAUGUCGGACCGCACUCUGAUUUGUUUAUUUUAUUUUAUAAUGUAAUGUGGCGUAAAUAUGAUUUGCUUGAUAUGUUGUGCCCUGCGAAUGUGUUCACAUGCUUGUGAUAAUGUUUGGAGAGAUCAUAAAAAGUUGUUAUGAUUAUUUAA